AUGGCAACAAGCUUUGUACCGAAAAUGCUUACAAAUUUAUUCUUGGUGCUGGUCCUAGCCACAGCCACAUUUUUAGCCAAAGCUUCUGACCUUAAAGAAACCAAGCUAUCAAUGUACUUGCAAGACAUCUCAGAUGUAGGCAACCCCAAUGUCACAGUGAUCCCAGUUGCAGGAAUUGCUGGCAAGGCUUGGACAGUCACCCAAUUCGGCACCAUAUUUGUCACUGAUGACUAUAUCACUGAAACCGCAGAUCCAAAGUCGCCCGGAGUUGGCCGUGCCCAAGGCAUGUACGUGACAGCUGGGUUGGAUGGGUUGAAUUCACAUGUUAUGAUAUCAAUUGUGUUCACAAAUAAAGAGUACAACGGAAGCACCAUACAAAUUCAAGGUAUUAGCCAGCAAUUUGUGCCUGGUACGGAGGUUGCAGUGGUGGCUGGGACUGGGAAAUUCCGGUUUGCUAGGGGGUAUGCUACUUUUGAGACAUAUUUCUUAGACAUUCCUACCCAAUACUCGGUUAUCCGGUUCAAUGUCACUGUGCAGCAUCACUAG